ACUUUAGGCUUAAUAUCAAGAUGUGGACUAUGGUUUUAUUUUCUUUGAUUUUGUUUUUUGCUUUGCUGGAAAUUCUGCUUACUUCCUAUAGAUCUACAUUGUGAAGCAUGCUGGUUAGGGGCAGGUAUUGGCAUGAUGAAUCCUAAGUAGAUUGGUUUUCAAUAGAAUCACUGCUGACUUCUGCCGAAUCCAGCACAAGAGUACAUUAUGCUAUUCGUAUUGGUAUCAGGAUGUAACUUGGUUUAGUAUAACACACAUGCUUCACACUUGCACAUGAAGCAGCAAAUGAUAGGGUCUCCCUGGCAAUAUUCUACUAGAGGCAACACAGAAACUUCAAAAGACUUCUGAUAUUGAUAAUGUGAUCAUGAUUAAUUCGUUUGACAAAAGAAAGUAGCAACAUAACAACUCAAACACGCACAGAACAGACCAACAACACAAGAUGACAAAGGGGGUAAACUACUGCUGGCUUUUUGAGGGGUGUGCUCUCCCAACUCUUCCUUCCCCAAAGUCGUCCUUUUUUCCCAGGUACAUAUCUUCUCUCUCCUGGUGCGGUCCAUGAGCGGUGCAGAAUCAAUGGCUUUGAUCUCCAGCACCACCCUUCCAUUUCCAACCGCCAUAAGCCGGCGACAGCCAGCUAAUAAAUCGGGAGUCGUUCGGGCAGAUUCCGAACCCGACCCGAAUUACCCUUCGACUUCAUCUCCUUCCUCUGAUGAUGCUGUAGAGAAGUCAUCGGGCACGAUGAUAGUCACUGAUGGGCGUGCAAGGAGAAUGGCCAUGGAAGUUCAGCAGCUGAAGGAGAAGGAAUCGCGGGAGAGAAAAGAACAGGUGAACCGGAAGAUAGCAUCGAAGAAAGCCAUAUCGGUGAUACUCCGGAGGGAGGCCACCAAGGCCAUUAUUGAGAAGAAGAGGGGUCCCACCAACUCCAAGAAGCUGCUUCCGAGGACCGUGCUAGAAGCACUUCAUGAAAGAAUCACGGCUUUGCGGUGGGAGUCUGCUCUCAAGGUUUUUGAAUUAUUGCGUGAACAGCUCUGGUACAGACCUAACUCUGGCAUUUAUAUCAAGUUAAUAGUCAUGCUUGGAAAAUGCAAGCAACCUGAGAAAGCCCAUGAGCUCUUUCAAGCUAUGGUUGACGAGGGUUGUUAUUUGUCCUGUGAAGCAUACACUGCGUUGUUAUCUGCCUAUAGCAGAAGUGGUCUCUUGGACAGAGCAUUCUAUAUUCUUGAGGAGAUGAAGACUAUUCCUGAUUGUCAGCCGGAUGUCCAGACUUAUUCAAUCCUCAUUAAAUCAUGUCUGCACAUUUUUGCCUUUGACAAAGUUCACCAUCUUCUAUCUGAUAUGGCCAUUCAGGGAAUCAAACCCAACACAGUUACUUAUAAUACCCUAAUUGAUGCUUAUGGGAAGGCAAAAAAGUUUGCAGAGAUGGAAUCCAUACUCGUGGAAAUGCUUGCUGACUCGGAUUGUGAACCUGAUGUAUGGACCAUGAAUUCAACUCUAAGAGCCUUUGGCAGCAUAGGGCAAAUAGAAACAAUGGAGAGAUGUUAUGAGAAGUUUCAGAAUGCUGGAUUGCAGCCUACUGUUCAGACUUUCAAUAUCCUCCUAGACUCCUAUGGCAAGGCUGAGGAUUACCAGAAAAUGAGUGCUGUGAUGGAGUACAUGCAGAAAUACCAUUAUUCCUGGACAAUUGUGACCUACAAUAUCGUGAUUGUUGCUUUUGGCAGGGCUGGGGAUCUGAAACAGAUGGAGUAUUUAUUUAGACUAAUGAGAUCAGAGAGGAUAAAGCCAAGCUGUGUCACACUUUGCUCGCUUGUGAAGGCUUAUGCACAAGCAGGUAAACCUGAAAAAAUUGGCGGUGUCCUGCGUUUUAUAGAGAACUCUGAUGUAACACUUGACAUUAUAUUCUUCAAUUGUUUGGUGGAUGCUUAUGGGAAGUGGGUUUUUUUGGAGAUGAAGGGAGUGCUUGAUAUGAUGGAACAGAGAAGUAUUAAACCUGAUGUAAUUACAUAUAGAACUAUGAUUAAAGCUUAUUCAGCUAAGGGCAUGAAUAGUCAUGUGAACGAGCUCAGAGAGCUCGUUAGGACAGCACGGAGGCCUCCUUUCAAAAGAGACAAGCCUGACUUUUAAUGAGAAGGAUUUCUGAUUUUUUUCCCCUCCCA